CAUAUCCAAUCACCUCCAACAUGCUUAGAGACAGCAUCGCUUCGUUGUAUGCUAUACCAACAUUAUUCGUUUGAGCACUGAUCUUGCUCAACGCGCAACUCACGUCGAAACACGAUCACAACGAAGCCAUGGAGCCAUGGCUAGACUCCCUCUCAGAGGACUGGAAGUCUGAACAACAAUCUUCGUCUCCUGCACCGUCUCUUUCGAGCAGCCGGCAAGAUGGCAGCGUCGCUCUCUCGCGGUCCCAAAGCCGAAUACCACACCUUGCGAAGAACAUGCGCAAAGAAUCAACAGCUGGCAGUUUCCUGCGACACAGAUCACAACGAAGUCAAACACGCGCCACUGGCGAACCUAUCUUGCAUGAACGGAGCGCAUCCAGUCUCAAUCUGCCACCAGCAGUUGGGUCGAACAAAUACACAAAUCUGCCACGUCGUCCAUCUAGCGCGUUCUCUGAAUCACAAAACUCCGUUCAACAUUAUACCAUUAACGAGAAGCCAGCUUCUGCAGAGACGCCUGACUGGAAAAGGAGGUUGGCUAAUGGAGAAGAUGUAGCGAAUGACGGUUUCGAUUUGUUUUCGCCAUCCAAAUUGGAGGGUAUAUUCAAGCAGCCUACAUCCUCCCAACUCCUUAGCGACAACGAUGCGGCCCAGAACGAUGACGAUACCAAACCUCGAAGACCUUUCAAUCUCCCCAUUUCGAACGUCUUCCCAGAGCAGUAUAGCAGCGUUCGAGGAACAAGAAGUCGGCUCAAUCUUGCGGUCUUGGAGGAGAUAAAUGAGGAAGAAGAGUCAGAACAACACAAUCAGGCGCACGUACCCCCAGAUGUUGCUAGAUCAGGCUCGAGUAGAGGCUUGUUCAAACAGCGCGUCGAAUUUCUCGAGCAGGCUCGCGAAAACGGUUCUGAGCCAUCGUCACCAAGAGAUGAGAGCAUGAGCCACCAUAGUCACAAUGCCCGAGAUUCACGCUGGAGAACAGUAAGUGGACAGGAAGAGUUGAGGAACGAGUUUAUCAGUCCGGUCACCAUGUCGAAGCAAAAUUCCAUCCGGGCGACAGUCCUGCAACAUUCUGUUGAUGUCGAUAUUCAAGCCCUUGACGCCAAACUCAUGGAAGCUGUUGGAGAUCUAGAGCGUCCUUUGUCCAGCGCAAGCGACAGAGAUGUCAGCUACGGCGGCAGCAAUGCCACCAGACGAGCUCCGAUUGACGAACCCUUGCCAGAUUUGACAUGUCAGUCUCUACCAGACGACCUAUCAAUGGGCACACAGGAUUUCGUGGCUCAUGGAGGCUUUAUCAACUCUCGACGCGGAGGACGGUCGAACGACAAUUCCUUUCUUCGAAAAAGCCUUAGCUUAUCCCAUGAGCCCUCCAAACUCGAGGUAUACUCCCGCGAUUCUCUAGCAUUCCACAGUUCACCUCCUCAACAUUCCCGAUUAUGGGACGACAGCGUUGAUAACAGCAAGAUCAGCGCCAGUGCUCCGGCAACACCACCGGAUACAAGCGUUGUCCACUAUCCCCAAAACCAUAUCAGACCAACAUCGUCUGGUAGUCCGUUGAAGCUCUUUGGGAAUCGAGACACAUACACAAAUAACAAGCUCAUGCGGAUAUUGAGUCACUUCGAGCCUGAUGAGUCGCAUGAAAGUUCCGAAAAUGAUAUCUCGCCCGACGAGCAGCAAGAUAAUGUCUUUCGAAUGAGUCAAUUUGGCCAGGGCGAGCUGGACGGGUUUGGGUUCGAGCAGGCUGUACGUCGACCUUCACCCAUUGCAAUGGCAUCUGUUGGAUCGGAUGACAAAAUAUUCAAGCCUAAUACUGCCAUCAACACUCAAGAAAAGCAAAUCGAUCAGAGUCUGGACUACGCCACGAAUGCAAACAAUGCUCAGGAGAGAGACAGGUUGACAAAGCGCCGUAAAACUCUUCUAAAGGACCAAGUGACCAUCAACGAGGUUGAGAUGGAAGUCAAGAUCAGUACCCUCGAGGAGAUCGCGACGUUGGCGGGAAAGAAGCGCACUGAUGCUAGACCUGGUAGUGAUCCUACAGAAGCAGAACCUGAAGUCCUGGCAUCACGAAAUCUUCUGAAGCCCAAAUCAGCCCGGAAAUCUUCCGGGAGCAAAAUACCAACCACAGGUGGCUCCGAAACUGGCGACGAAGAAGCAGACCUUGAGCAAUUGAAUCACGACCUUACAGAAGCUUUGGCAGCGGAAUUGGCGACCUUUACUCAUGAAGCUGUCAAGGUCAAUGAAGAUUCUCGAAAAGCGUCUCUUGCUACCAAGGACUAUAUGGAGGAAGCUAAUAAAGUCAUGCAAUUCAUUCGUGCUCGUGGUAAGCCGAAGCCCGUUUUGAAAGAUAUCAGUGAACCUGGGAACGUGUCUGAGCUCAAUCCUGAUGCAAUUCUUGAUCUUGAACUAGAGGCAGAGUCUACGAAAGACGACUUCUCCCGACCACCAUCCCGAGAACGUUCGUCCAAACCUUCUCCAGACCGUCGACAUGCCAGGCACGAUUCGAGGACGGCGAGCUAUCUGAAAAAAUAUGAGGAUCAAGACGACCUGGACGUCCUUGCUAACACUUCCAUCAUCGGCACCUGGGCUCCCGUGGACAACAAUCUGGCUGCCGAAGCCGCCAAAGUUCCCGUCCCGGACGAGAUACAGGAGAGCGAUCCACCGAACAUCCGAAUUCUGAAUCACUCUGAAACACUGAGAAAGCGCAAACACUCUACUUCUACCAUUGAGGGGCCUCACUCAGCCCAGAAUUCCAUGCAGAACAGCUUUCCCACAAGUUCAUCCACGACCUCUGGGCAGAAGGGUGUUAUAACAUGCGGCACCGUGUCAAUACCUGAUAAGGUGGGAGUCAUGACGUUCGACCACGAAAAGAACAUCUGGGUCAGAAAGAUACAGGAGAGCCAGAGCCCAAAGCCGCUAAGCCAUGAGGGCGUAACAGAAGAUGACCCGUUUGAGAACAUACCUGAUCUGAGCAUUGAUGAGCAACAAGAAAUGAAGGCCAGAUACAGGCAGAUACAAAAUGCCUCUAAACAGCCAGAGUUGGCCAAUGCGCCCACUGAGAAAGCUCCCAAGCGAACAGAACUGCCAGCACGACGGCCUUUGGGAGAAUUAGACCCCGAAGAAGUGAUGAAGCGGGAUCACCUCUCCGCCGACACUCAUGGCAAAGGUGAUGAGGAGAUUAAGCACUGUUCUUUGCGCUCAAAAGCCUCCGAGCACGAAGCUAAAGUACAAAGUGGUAUGCCAUCUAAGCCUCCAGCUCAGCUGAAAGAAGACCGCAAACAGGCGCGAGUGGUCACAAUCGCUUUUUCGUCGCCAGUAGUGUCUGGAGUCAACUACGCGAAUAUGUCCGAUGAGGAUUUCGACGCUCUUCCAAGGGAAGAAGAUCUACCUCUUGAUGAAUCAUACGUAGAUCUCGACGAUCUAAGCUUUGACGAGAACGCCUUGGACUCAUUGAAAAAGAAGAGAGAUGCCGUGACAGUCGACAGACCGCAUGCUUUGACUUUCCAACCUCGAACUAUUUCUCCGAUCGAAGAACAAGAUGAGGAACAGAAUGUUGCACACAUGAGUGUUGUUCGCCCGAAUCGCUCGAAUGAAUUGACUCCAGCUCCGCCACGAACUAUUACAAAGCUUCAAAAUAGCGGACCCAAAGUUGCAAGUAUUUUGUGCUUGACACCGCUCUCGGACUUUUCUGUCCAUCAAAUCGACAAGGCAAGGGAUCCAGAACAAAGCUAUGUCGAGGACAGAAAGCAUCCGAAUGCCCUGCGCCAGGCCCACGGUUCCCUUGCUUUGGCUGUCGAUCAACUUGUGAAAGCAAUCACAGAUGCAGUUCAAGAAGAACUAUUUUGGGAAGAGCUUCGCCGUCUCACACUCGGUGCAGGCAAGGUCUCCUCCAUACACGCACUGAAGGAGUACUGUCCCGUACUGGAAGAGCUGUCGGUUUCAGGAAAUAGUCUGCGGCAGCUCGAGGGCUUGCCAUCGACUUUGCGUGUGCUUGAUAUUCAUGACAACAUGCUGAAUGACAUGACCUCAUGGGUUCACUUGCAGAAUCUCCAGUAUUUAGAUGUCUCAGGAAACGAGCUCGAAAGUCUAGAAUGCUUCAGUUCUUUGGUGCAUCUCCGCAGCUUGAAAGCGAACAACAAUCGCAUCACUAACAUUGAUGGAGUUCUGGAUCUUGACGGUCUGCUGGAUCUUCAGCUCAGCGGCAACGAGCUUAUGACUGUCGACCUCGAAAGCGCCGAGCUUAGUCGUCUAAGGAGCUUGGACUUGAGCAAUAACCAACUCUCCGAAGUGAAGAAUCUUGCUUCCCUUCCGGCGCUCGAAGAAUUGGACCUCUCAGGGAAUGCACUCGAACAAUUUCAAACAGACGGCGAUCUUGCUUUGAUAGAGCUUCGACUUGCCCACAACGGACUAGCAGUGAUUGAACUGAAGCAUAUGCCAAUGCUCAAAUAUUUGGACCUCGACAACAACAGAAUCAAAGAUGUCCAAGGUCUGUCAUCGGCUUACAACCUGGCAUUCUUGUCCCUGAGGGAACAAUCGGAGCCUUCGCAGAUCGUGGACCUCGUCCUGUCCACCUCCAACGAGUGCCGUACGAUCCGUCUUUCAUCCAACCCAGUCGCCAACGGUACUUUGAAGUUGCCAUUAUUACCGCAGAAUAACCUGCGUGAGUUAGAGAUCGCUGCUUGUGGUAUCGCAGAGCUUCCGGAAGGCUUUGGCGCUUCCUUCCCAAAUUGCCGAUAUUUGAACGUCAACUUCAAUGCGAUCAAGGACAUAGCGCCUCUCAGAAGAAUGGUACACUUGAAGCAUCUUCUUCUGGCGAAGAACCGGGUCAAAAAACUGAGGCGGACAUGCUUAGUACUGUCACGACUAGGAUCAUUGGAGCAAGUCGACCUUCGGGAUAAUCCGCUGACGGUCGGGUUUUACAGCCCCGUGGCCGCCAACAUCGACGGCAAGCAGGCUUUGCCUGAGGCACGAUAUCAUCUGCCUGGAGUUUUGCCAGAUGAGGAUGUUGGAUGGUUAAAACUGAUGGAUGAAGUGACUGGAUUGAAACGACGUACCAUUGAACUGCUGCUCGCUGACCACUGCAAGAAGCUGGUUCAACUUGACGGGCUGGCUUUCUCUCAUGAACGGCUGAACCAAAAGGACGAUACAUGGACCAGAUUGACCGACCAGAAGGUGUUGAUGAGGCCAGCGAUCUUGCCGCCGACGAGCGCUGCAGAGAAGCUUGCGCAUGAAACAACAUGCUCGCUGAAUGAGGUUACGAAGGAGCAGGAAACUUCGAUGAUUAUGGAUUGUGAAAUUUUGGAUGGAUGAGAUGAUGUACCAUAUUGCAAUUGACGUUUGAACUGGUUUUGGGUGCCUACAAAAGUUCCGGGUUGGUCGAUGAGAAAAUGGCAAUGAUGGGCUCGGGUUGAUUGGGAUGAAGGUCAAUGACUCGUAUUGAUAUGUUGUGAUGAGACGAAUGGAAGUAUUCAUUCCAAGUGCAGUC